AUGGGUAAAGAGAAGAUUCACAUCAACAUUGUGGUCAUUGGCCAUGUUGACUCUGGAAAGUCGACCACCACUGGUCACUUGAUCUACAAGCUCGGUGGUAUUGAUAAGCGUGUCAUUGAAAGAUUCGAGAAGGAGGCUGCUGAGAUGAACAAGAGGUCUUUCAAGUAUGCCUGGGUGCUUGACAAGCUCAAAGCUGAACGUGAGCGUGGUAUUACCAUUGAUAUUGCCUUGUGGAAGUUUGAGACCACAAAAUACUACUGCACUGUCAUUGAUGCUCCAGGACAUCGGGACUUCAUCAAGAAUAUGAUUACUGGUACCUCACAGGCUGACUGUGCUGUCCUCAUCAUUGAUUCCACGACCGGAGGUUUUGAAGCUGGUAUUUCCAAGGAUGGCCAGACCCGUGAGCAUGCUUUGCUCGCCUUCACCCUCGGUGUCAAGCAAAUGAUUUGCUGUUGCAACAAGAUGGAUGCUACCACACCAAAAUACUCCAAGGCAAGGUAUGACGAAAUUAUAAAAGAAGUCUCUUCCUAUCUCAAGAAGGUGGGAUACAACCCAGAGAAAAUCCCAUUUGUCCCCAUCUCUGGUUUUGAAGGGGACAACAUGAUUGAAAGGUCUGCCAACCUUGACUGGUACAAGGGCCCGACUCUCCUCGAGGCUCUUGAUUUGCUUCAGGAGCCCAAGAGGCCUUCUGACAAGCCCCUUCGUCUCCCGCUUCAGGAUGUUUACAAGAUUGGUGGUAUUGGUACUGUUCCUGUGGGUCGAGUGGAGACAGGUAUUAUCAAGCCUGGUAUGGUUGUCACCUUUGGUCCCUCUGGAUUGACAACUGAAGUUAAGUCGGUUGAAAUGCACCAUGAAGCCCUCCAGGAGGCUCUACCUGGUGAUAAUGUGGGGUUCAAUGUCAAGAAUGUUGCUGUUAAGGAUCUCAAACGUGGUUAUGUUGCCUCCAACUCCAAGGAUGAUCCUGCAAAGGGUGCUGCCAAUUUCACCUCCCAGGUCAUUAUUAUGAACCACCCUGGACAAAUCGGAAAUGGGUAUGCCCCAGUUCUUGACUGCCACACCUCCCAUAUUGCUGUGAAGUUUGCAGAGCUUAUCACCAAGAUCGACAGACGAUCUGGUAAGGAGCUCGAGAAGGAGCCCAAGUUCUUGAAGAAUGGUGAUGCUGCUUUUGUUAAGAUGAUUCCGACCAAGCCCAUGGUGGUUGAGACUUUCUCCGAAUACCCACCUCUUGGUCGUUUUGCUGUGAGGGACAUGCGUCAAACUGUGGCUGUUGGUGUCAUCAAGAGUGUAGAUAAGAAGGAUCCAAGUGGUGCUAAGGUCACUAAGGCCGCUGCCAAGAAAGGUGCCAAGACAUUUUGGUGGUUGUGUAUGGUUUUCAGAUGCUGUAAUCUGUCCUUGUUUGUAUUGGGAGCGUGGAGGAUUGAGCAAUUUGAGUUUUGUGAACCCAACUCUGCUCAAUGGGCAGUGCUCAUCUGGAAUCAUCCCAACAAUCGUUCCUCUGGUUCUGUACUUGCCGCUUACAAUUAUCUGGCGUUCCUUCAGUGUUGGAAACCCUUGUCGCCUCCUACUGGUUCCGGCUACAACUAUAAUUCUCCCCAGAACAACGGCCACCCUUCUAAACCCCGUGUCUCUAUCCGACAUACUCACAAGGAGGAAGAGAGAAAAGAAACACAGAGAAUGGAGGAGCAUUUUGAAGAAGCAAUUAAACACGAGUGGUACAAAGACGAUUUCAAGACCAUAGCAUCUCAAAUUAAGGAACAGGAGAAUCUCCUUAGGCUCAAACGAAGGUGGUUAAUGGACUUACCCUUGUCCAAAAGGGAACAACAACAAAUAGAAGAACUCCUACCUCCCAAUGACAAGAUUCUGCCUGAGUCACUGCUUAGGGAAGACGAUGUAUGCUAUGAGAACAUCAGAACUUUUGUUGAAAAGGGUUUUGGUGCUUGUAAGUGUGAAAUGGAACAUCAGGUGGAAUGA